UCAUAGUUCACUCCGAGACACAAGCCUUCGGAAGAUCUUGUUCGACGCACGUUGGAGCGUUAAACAGAGAUAAUUUCUCGUCGUCGUCGUCUCUCAUUUCGAAAUUUAGUUUUUUGUAAAAGAGAAGAAAGAAAAGGAAAAAUAAACGGGAAAUAAUUGGCUUCAUCUUUGAAAUUUGUGUGGCGAGAAAUCAAAACGGAAAAAGUGUCUUAUAAGGCAAGAGCUCUUUUCGGAGAUGGGAUCACGUGAGAGGGGCUUUCAGGGCACGGAGCCAACGCCCCGUGACCCUACCAACGACUUGGAAAUGGUCGAGCGAAUAGAAAACGGUGCUAAUCGCCACAGAUUGAAGGAUCUUGAUGACCUUCUGCCGUACAUGGGAGAGUUUGGUUGGUACCAGCGCAUGCUGUUCUUGUUGAUGAUACCUUACGCGUUCUUCUUCGCGUUCGUCUACUUCGGGCAGAUAUUCAUGGCCAUAACUCCGGAGGAGCACUGGUGCUCUGUCCCGGAAUUGGCGAACUUGAGCGUGAUUGAACGACGUCAUCUAUCCAUACCGAUGUUAAACAAUAAAUAUUCAAAAUGCGAAGUUUACGAUGUAGAUUGGUCGAAACUGUUACAAGAUGGCGUCCGUCAGCCGAACUCAAAAUGGCCGACCAAGAAAUGUCAUAAUAAAUGGGAGUUUAAUUACACUGAUGUUCCUUAUCAAACAAUUGCAACACAGCAAGGGUGGGUGUGUGACAAGGACAACUAUGCCGCCACAGCUCAGUCCGUGUUUUUCUGUGGGGCCAUACUGGGUGGAUUUAUCUUUGGUUGGAUAGCUGAUAAAUAUGGUCGUAUACCAGCUCUAGUGGGUACGAAUGUAGCCGGAUUUAUUGGCGGAAUCGGAACUGUGUUUUCAAAUGAUUUUUUAUCGUUCUGCCUCUGCCGAUUCAUUGUGGGCUUAGCCUAUGACAAUUGUUUUAUUAUCAUGUAUAUCGUUGUGCUGGAGUACGUUGGCCUCAAAUGGAGAACCUUCGUGGCGAAUAUGUCCAUAGGAGUAUACUUCACGUUUGCAGCGUGCCUCCUACCCUGGAUCGCUCUAGCGGUCGCGGACUGGAAGAUUUAUACUCUGAUCAUUAGCGUGCCUUUAGCUUUGGCCGUCUUCACUGGCUGCGUCGUACCAGAAAGCGCCAGGUGGUUGAUAUCGCAAGGACGGAUCGAUGAAGCACUAAAAAUAAUGAUGAGGUGCGCGAAGGUCAACGGUAAUGCACUACCAGAGGAUAUUAUCAAGGAAUUUCACGAAACUGCAACAGGAAUAGCAAAAGCCGAACAAGAAUGUAAGAACUACAGCGUAUUAGAUCUAUUCAAGACUCCUCGAUUGCGAAAGCACAGCGUUCUUCUGGUGUUCAUUUGGAUUCUAAUAGCGAUGGCUUUCGAUGGACACGUCAGGAAUGUGGGCACUCUGGGCCUGGACAUGUUCCUGACCUUCACUGUGGCUACGGCGACCGAGUUUCCAGCCGAUGUUUUGCUUACCCUGGUCUUGGAUGUCUUGGGACGACGUUGGCUGGCCUUUGGCACAAUGGUUUUCAGCGGAAUAUUCAGCUUACUAGCCACCACAGUUCCAAUAGGUAUACAAUCAGCCUCGCUAGCCAUCGUCGGACGAUUCGCGGUCAACAUAUCCUACAAUAUAGGGAUGCAGUACGCAGCCGAGAUUCUGCCCACCGUCGUCAGAGCUCAGGGCCUAGCUCUGAUACACAUCACUGGAUAUGUUGCAACAAUACUGGUUCCGUACAUCGUAUAUUUGGCAACCAUUGCGACCGAAAUACCCCUUCUAAUAUUAGGCACUGUGGGCAUAAUUGGUGGAAUUUUAUGCCUCUUUCUGCCGGAGUCGAUGGGCAAAGAAAUGCCUCAAACUCUUCAGGAUGGAGAAGAGUAUGGGUCGGAGCAGAGGUUCUGGGAUUUUCCGUGCUGUACCAGGUGGGUUGGCCAAGACUCGGGUCUGCUAACAUAGCUUUCAGUUGCUUGGUCAAGCGAUCACAAAGACGCAAAGGAAGCUAAUGAAAUUGUGCCCCUAAAAGCCCUUCACGAGUUAACUUUAUGAAAGAUCCUUAGCUUAAAGUCAAGCUUUAAAAAAAUUUGAUAUUAUUUACUAUUAACUUAUGCAUGUAAUGAGUGGAGAUAUAAUUUUUUUCUUUUUCUUUCAGGACCAAAACCCACUUUUAAAUAGAAAUUCUUAAUGAAAUUUUAUUCUCGACUGAAGCAAAUUUUGAAAAUGUUUCCGAAAAAGCUUUUUAUAUGGAAAUAUACGAAAAUAUUGUUAUUUAGAUCGUUAAAACGGCAAUUUUAUAUCAAUGUAAUCUGAUCUUAAACAAUUUUCGCAUUUUAACAAUAAACUUUGAAAUGUUUUUUUUUUUUAUUACU